AUGAAUCGUUCCUCUUCUCUCUCAAAUUCCAGUCGCGCCGCAAGACAAUCAUUGUCGUUUCACUCUGAUCGACCUCUUCUUAUCCACACUCCUUAUUUUGUCUCACCUUCGUUCCCCCACCAGCUCUUUAAAUUUCACUUCGACGAUGAAGAUACGACAUCUCGGCGAAGAAGCGGUGAUGAAAAUUUGAAGCUGUUGCGGAAAUCGUAUGAACUUAUUGCGGAAGCGGUUGAAGCAGAGGGAGAAACAAAGAAUAAUUUAGCAGGCUAUCAGUUAGUACAAGGACUGAUUUGUGGAUAUAGUGUCGAUUUAUGCGAAUGUGGGGCUGUGAAUGAGAAAGUUAUGGCAUUGGUUGUACAAGUUGGUACCAAGGCAAAUUGGAGCAGUUUUGAAGGUAUGGAUGAUUGA